CUAAGAGUUGUCAGUCAAUCUCAGAUAACAUUCUAAAACUAAAAAUCCAAAAAAAAAUAAAAAAACGCGAUAAGUCAAUUCAAAGUAUAUAAGUCGAAAAUGCAAAACAAAACAAACAAAAGAGUGAUCCAAAAUGAAAGCCCUCAUCCUAGCCACGCUUUGUUGCCUUUUUGCCCCCUCAUUCUCCAGGGACCCCCUCUGCCUGGGCGUCCCAGUCGGGGAAAUCGUCCUCUUCCCGUACCCCGGCGACUGCAGCCGGUACUACGAAUGCGACGCUAACGGUUUCCAGUCAAUCCACAGCUGCGAAAGCGGUCUAUGGUUCAACGAAGCCCUUCAGGGCUGCGACCACCCAUCAACGUCCGGCUGCACUAACAUAGCUUGCCCGCCCGGAAUCGUCGAUUUCUUCCCCGUCGCCGGCGACUGCAGCGAGUACAUAGAGUGCUACAAUGGGAUUCUAGAGACCCAUAGUUGCCCAGCGGGUCUGUGGUUCAACGCCUUCCAGAAACGGUGCGUGAGUGCCCAGGACUCCGACUGUGGUCAGUACACCUCGGAAGGACCCACGCAAUGGACCAUCCCUCCGGAUGAGUGCUACGGUGUUCUCCCUGGAAGAAUAAUGCUCUAUCCCUACCCCGGCGACUGUAACAAGUUCAUCGAGUGCGUGGGUGCCCAGAUGACGAUCUUGUCUUGUCCUCCGUACCUCUACUUCAAUUACGCGAGGCAAAUGUGCGACCAACAGGACUUGUCGGGUUGCGAUGACACCACUGGUACUCCCCCGAUUUACACGGUCACUCCUCCCCCGGAUGACGGCUUCGACGACCCGAGGUGUGCCGAUGGUAACAACGACUACUGGCCGAAUGUGGAGUGCACAACGUACAUUGAGUGCUAUGCAGGGCAUGGGCACGUAAUGCAUUGUCCCAGUGGGUUGUACUUUGAUGAAGACACAAGCAAAUGCGUGGAUCCGAGCGAAACUACUUGUGGACGCCCGGAUCCGACAGACCCGCCGACGCAGCCGACCAAUCCGGACUGGACCCCAGACCCGGACUGCCCAUGGCCUAGUUCCGACAGGUACCUGUUCGUUUAUCCAGGAGACUGCACCAAGUAUUUGGAGUGCGUAUAUGGAGAAAAAGUGGUGAUGGAUUGUCCUGAUGGCCUAUGGUUUAACCCCACUUUGUUGGUCUGCGAUUAUCCGUACCACUCUGGGUGCGCCUGGGCAGUUUUAGCUUUCAUCCUGACGACACUUUGUUGCCUUUUUGUUCCCUCAUUCUCCGCAGACUCUCUGUGUCUGGGCGUUCCAGCCGGAGAAGUCGCCGUCUUUCCGUACCCCGGCGACUGCAGCCGGUACUACCAAUGCGACGCUAACGGUUUCUUGUCAAUCCAAAACUGCCCAAGCGGUCUAUGGUUUAACAAAGUCCUUCAGGCCUGCGACAACCCAGCAACGUCCGGUUGUACCAACAUAGCUUGCCCUCCCGGAGUCGUCGAUUUCUUUCCCGUCCCCGGCGACUGCAGCGAGUACAUAGAGUGCUACAAUGGGUUUCUAGAGACCCAUAGUUGCCCAGAGGGUCUGUGGUUCAGCGCCUUCGAGAAACGGUGCGUGAGUGCCCAGGACUCCGGCUGUGGUCAGUACACCACGGAAGGACCCACCCAAUGGACCGUCCCUCCGGAUGAGUGCUUAGGCGUCCCUCCUGGGAGAAUAAUCCUCCAUCCCUACCCCGGCGACUGUAACAAGUUCAUCGAGUGCGUGGGUGCCCAAAUGACUAUCAUGUCUUGUCCUCCGUACCUCUACUUCAACUACGCAAGGCAAAUGUGCGACCAAAAGGACUUGUCGGGUUGCGAUGACACCACUGGUACUCCCCCGAUUUCCACGGUCACGCCUCCCCCGGAUGACGCCUUCGACGACCCGAGGUGUGGCAAUGGUAACAACGAGUACUGGCCGAAUGUGGAGUGCACAACGUACAUUGAGUGCUACGCAGGGCAUGGGCACAUAAGGGAUUGUCCCAGUGGGUUGUACUUUGACGAAGACACAAAGAAAUGCGUGGACCCGAGCCAAACCACUUGUGGACGCCCGGAUCCGACAGACCCGCCGACGCAGCAGACCGAUCCGGACUGGACCCCCGAUCCGGACUGUCCGUGGCCCAGUACCGAUACGUACCGGUUCGUUUAUCCGGGAGACUGCACCAAGUAUUUGGAGUGCGUAAAUGGAGAGAAAGUGGUCAUGUAUUGUCCUUAUGAUCUAUGGUUUAGCCCCACUUUCUUGAUCUGUGUUUAUCCGUACAUGUCUGGGUGCAUCUGGGGCAACUAG